AUGUGGGCGACGCUCGAGCGAGCACUGACUUCCAACGAGUCGGCGACCGCCAAGGCGCUGCGCCGCGUGUGCGAACAAGGCGACGCCGAAGCAGUUCGCCGCCUUCUCCUGCAGGCAAGCCCUUUGGACAUCACGGCGGUGGAUCCGAGCACGGGGCGUGUGGGCCUGCACCUCGCCAGUAUGAACGGAUACGGGCGGGUCGUCUCGGCGCUGCUGCCGUUUCUGGACGACGUCAACCAGCGCGAUUUUAAAGGGUGCACGGCGCUGCAUCUCGCCCUCGAGCAUGGCAAAGACGACGUGGCGAGAAUGCUCCUGCGCCAUGUUGCUACUGAUGUCAACGCUGCAGACAGCGCGGGCGACACGGCGUUGCAUGUGGCCGCCCGCGUCGGUCGGGCCAACUGCCUUCGACUCCUCGUACGCGCGCCGGGUCUCACGGACGUCAACUGCCCAAAUCUGAACGGCAACACAGCGUUUAUGGUCGCUUGUGCUAACGACAACAUGGAGACCCUUCAAGAGCUCGUCAACGCGCCCGGCCUCGACAUGAACCGCGCCAACCACCAUGGCAACUCGUGUCUGACGCUGGCGGCGCAGCAAGGCCACGCCGGUCUCGUCUCGCUGCUGCUUGGCCACGGGACCUUUGACGUCAAUCACAGCAACAAGGAUGGUCUCUCGGCGCUCAUGAUUGCGUGUGUCGCCAACGACGCUGCGAUCGCGUCGCUCUUGUUGCAAGUGCCCACAAUUGACCUCGCUCUGCGCGAGAAGCGCGCUCAGCGCACGGCACUCAUGCUUGCCAGCGUCCACAACGCCGGCGCCAUCACAGCCUUGCUGCUUGCGCACCCACACCUCGUUGAUCGGAAUGCGACGGACCAUACGCAGGCGACAGCACUUGUCUUGGCCGCACAGCACAACGCGCGCGAUGUUGUCCAGGCCUUUGCUUUGGCCAGCACCGGCGUCGACUUCGCUGCCGCCAACGCGGCCGGCGACUCGGCGUUCCUUCUUGCAGUGGUCCACCGCUACAUCGACGUGGCGCGCCACCUCUUGCCCUUCAUCGAUGUCAACGCGCCGCACCCGACGACGGGCCAGACAGCGCUCAUGCUCGCGUGUGCGCAGCCCUUCCCGCGCAUGAUCGAGCUGCUGUUAGCGACGCCCGGAAUUGCCAUCAAUGCCCUCGACACGGCGGGCGAGUCGGCGCUGCUUGUGGCCUGUCGUUGGAACAACGUGGCCGCUCUGCAGCUUCUGUGUGCGCUACCGUCGCUGGACCUCUUCGUGUGCAGCAAGACAAACACCCAUGCGUUGGAGAUUGCGGCGACCGUCGACAACCCGCAAGUCGCUGCGACGCUGUUCCAUCGCCUCUUUACGAUGCACAUGCAUCUUGGUCUUCCACGCGAGCUCGCCGAGAUGACGGCAAUCUUUUAUGGCCCUCGAUGUUAGUGACACCCGUACAUAUAUUUGAACCUUUUGGGAUAUUUGAAUGUACCGGUAGAAAAUGCCGGAACGAACCCACUCCCUCUUCCACACUUCGGCACACCUCCUCCACCAUGCUACCAUCAACCAUCUCCAACCAAC